UUUACAUUUGUCCGCACCAUAACAAACACACCACAACUCACUGUACACACACGAGCAGGGCACAGGGACCAGGACGGGACUCGCAAAAUGAAAAUAAUCCCAGACUCGACAUCCUUCGUUGUUGUGCUGCUGUUGUUGGAGCUGAUUGGCCAGUCCCUGUCUCGUCCCGCCCACAACCCCACCUUCUGCACUCUGAUUGGUUCCAUGCUCCCUCACGUCGAGAAGCUCAUCAGCCUCUCCGAAAAACUGCACGAGCUGUCAGAUGAAGACCUGAGUCAUUUGGCUACUGCAGAUCACAGACUGGACUCUCUCCUGGAGAUCCAGCACACAGCAGCAGCAUUCACCUCCAUCAAGAUCAACGAGUCCCUGUCUCAGCUGCAUAACUACUCAGAGUCGUACAGGUUCCACAUGGAAUGGUUAAAAGCAGCCAGAGAGAAUGUCAGUCUUCCCACUCAGCCAACAGAGGGCGCCAGCAGACACCUGCAGCAGCUCACGCACCUGCUCAACUCCAGCCUGAGCCAGGUGCAGGACGAGGUGGUCCAGGUGCCUUCCUCCUCUCCCCCCUCGCUCCCUCUGGUGUCAUCGGCGUUUGACGCCCUCAGGUUUUCAGUGGAGGUCUCAGAGAAGCUCCGAGCAUUCAGUUUCUGGACCAAGAGGUGGAUCCGCUUUAUACUGAAACACUCACGCUGCCCCAGACGUUGACCACAUCUGCUGUUACCACGGAAACCACAUCUGCAGUGGCCACGGACACAGGGUCUGGACUCUUACUGUGAGGAGGGACUGUUCACAUGUAUCUUAUAGGAAUAUCACAGCUGAAUGUACGACUGUCCAGUUUCUGAAGCCUUUAAGAGCACUCAAAACAACCACACGUCCGUCGCAUUUCAAUAGAUUAUGUCACCUCUCGCAAUUUAUCAUUUUAUAUGGAUCCAAAGCAAAUCAUUUUCAUUUUAAGGCCUGGUAUAAAGUUGCACUGUGUAACUUUUCUAGCAGUGACUCUCCAAGGAGUUGUUGUUGCUUCACCUACAAUAUUCCACAGCAUGGCAUUAAACUUAAAACUUAAAAUUUAAAAUUGAACCAUUUCCAUCCUAUUUGGAUACAAGCAGGUGAGGCCAACCUGCUAGAUUAUAGGUCAGAUCUGUGGAGAGGUGAUCCUGCUCAGAGUAAGAAUGCAUGUUUUCAAGGUUUUUGAACAAUAAAAACUCUUGUAAUAAUAAUUCAUAGGUGAGUUUAAAGUCAUACUGUGGAACAUUCGAGGUAUAACAAUCAUUUAACAUAUAUAUUUAAAUGUAAAGUGUAUAUAUUAUAUUGAAAUGUGUUGGGCGUGUGGAUUUUGAGUGAGAUUAUGCACUGUUUUGGGCCAGUUCACUCCCUCUGUUUACACUGACGGUGCCUCCAGGAAUAUUUUUGUACUGUUUCUUUAGGAUGUUAUUUAUGACUCGCAUCAGUGUUUAGUUUGAGGUGCAGGCAUCUCACGUUUUGUAUAUCAGUCAAAUAAUAUGCAAUAUUUAAUAAUAAUAUUAAUAAUAUUAGCAUUGUUGUAAUGCUUAAGGUUUAUUUAUGUUUUUAUAUGUCUCUGUUUUUAUAUGUUUCAUGAAGAUAAAUACAUUUUACAAGAAAACUGCA